AUGACGGAAAGUGAAAGAGAUGAUACGUGUCGCGAAAAAAACACUAGAAAAAGGAAAAUUACAGGUCGAAUAAAUGAAGUAAUGAAGCGGUUAAGACAACAGAGCAAUGAAACAGGUGACGGUUGUCAAUGUAAGAGUUUUAAAACAGAUCAACAAAACCGAUUAAACAUUAUAAACAAUUUUAACCGUAGUGGAUGCAAUGUAGUACCUUGCAGCGAUUAUUGCCGAUCGGUGGGUCAUUUUGGCGGAUAUUGCGUUGGACCAACCUUAGAUACCUGUCAUUGUUAUGAUAUCGGAGGGAAAAACUAA